UGGGUUCACAUCGACGGCAGUGGACAGGCUUUAACUUCACACAGGGGCACGAGCCCAAAACACUCGUUUGCCAUCACAAAGCCUUCUUGGACGUCCUUUGGAGGGGAAACAAGACCGGUGCUUAAUAUCCGGCAGCCUACUGGCUUUUAAUCAAUGGAUCCAUUUCUAUCAGCACGCGAGCCUUUUUAUGUGCUGUCUCGUUAAAGAUAGCAGUUUGUGUGGGUAGCUGCUGGUUUUGUGAAAGUGACUGCACAGAGGGGGAAAAAAGGCUGCCGAGCUCCAGCAAUUGUCAGUCUGAUAUCUCACACCUUCUUCUUCUUCUUGCUGCAUCUCAUAUCGAGAGGGCGUCCGGAUAAAGGUGACCGGGCAGUUGACCUAACAAGUCUUGUGGAGGAUACUCAGAAGAACCAAUUUCUAAAAUGCCCGUGGCCACAUCCAGCUCUGACUCGGCCAUGCAUCAGGCCCUGGACACACUGAGUGACAGCACAAGUUCCACAACUGCCAAUGACCUGGACCUCAUCUUCCUCAAAGGCAUCAUGGAGAGCCCAGUGGCUCAUGAGCGAUUUGAGGAACCCAAGCUUGAAGCUGUGCGUGAGAACAAUGUGGAGCUGGUCCAGGACAUCCUCAAGGAGCUGAGCCCACUCGCGCACAGAAGCCAGGCAGCUGAUGAGCUUGUCCGCAUCCUGAAGGAACCCCACUUCCAGUCCCUCCUGGAGACUCAUGAUUCUGUGGCAUCCAAAAACUAUGAGACUCCCCCACCGAGCCCCUGUUCAUUCAUGGACGCAGCCCUCAACAACCAGCCUGUUCCUCCAGAUGCAGUCAGGAUGGUCGGCAUCCGUAAGGUGUCUGGUGAGCACCUGGGAGUGACUUUUCGAGUAGAGAGCGGCGAGCUGGUGAUUGCCAGGAUCCUCCACGGUGGCAUGAUUGACCAGCAAGGUCUGCUUCAUGUUGGCGACAUCAUCAAGGAGGUGAACGGCAAAGAGGUCGGCAACGACCCCAAAGUCCUCCAGGAGAUGCUGAAGGAGGCAAGCGGCAGCGUUGUACUGAAGAUCCUGCCCAGCUACCAGGAGCCGCACACACCUAGACAGGCCUUUGUGAAGUGUCACUUUGAUUACGACCCGUCUCAUGAUAACCUGAUUCCGUGUAAGGAGGCGGGGCUUAGCUUCAACAGUGGAGACAUUCUGCAGAUCUUUAACCAGGAGGACCUCAACUGGUGGCAGGCCUGUCAUAUAGAAGGUGGCAGCGCAGGUCUAAUUCCAAGCCAGCUCCUUGAGGAGAAGAGGAAGGCUUUUGUGAAGAGAGAUCUGGAGCUCGCUACCACAGGUCCUCUUUGUGCAGGGGUGGUGGGUAAGAAGAAGAAAAAGAUGAUGUAUUUGACCACCAAGAAUGCAGAAUUUGAUCGUCACGAGUUGCGGAUCUACGAGGAGGUUGCCAAAGUCCCGCCCUUCAGGAGGAAGACUCUGGUUCUGAUUGGAGCGCAGGGCGUCGGCCGUCGUAGCCUGAAGAACAAACUGCUGGUGUCAGAUCCCCAACGCUAUGGCACCACAAUCCCCUUCACCUCUAGAAAACCAAAGGUGGAUGAGAGAGAUGGUCAGAUGUACUCCUUUAUGAGCCGCAGCGAAAUGGAAUGUGACAUCAAAAACGGGCGUUUCCUGGAGCACGGCGAGUAUGACGGGAACCUGUACGGCACAAAGAUCAGCUCCAUACACGAUGUGAUAGAAACAGGAAAGAUCUGCAUCCUGGAUGUUAACCCACAGGCUAUUAAAGUCCUGCGGACAUCUGAAUUCCUGCCCUACGUUGUAUUCAUCGAAGCCCCAGACUUUGAGGUCCUCAAAGCUAUGAAUAGGUCGGCAAUUGAGUCAGGAGUUGUCACAAAACAGUUAACAGACUCAGAACUAAAGAGGACGGUGGAUGAGAGUGAGCGCAUCAAGAGAGCCUAUGGACAUUACUUUGACCUUUGCAUCAUAAAUGACGGCCUCGAGGCGGCGUUCCGAAGUCUACGGCUGGCGCUGGAGAAACUGUCAACAGAGCACCAGUGGGUGCCUGUCAGCUGGGUUUUCUGAGAGUCACCGAGAGUUCGCCAGCAUGGUGCCAAGGUCACAGGCCAAAGGUUGAAGGACGAUACAUCACUGGUAGCUCCAGAGGGGGGGUGGGGUGGGUUGUUUCCACAUGCAGCUAUUGGUGGCAGAGGCGUGUGGUGAAGAAGCGGAUACACUGCAGAAGACCAGCCUCAUGUAGAGCUUUUUUUUUUUGUACAAAGUUAAUGUUCCUCUGUUGAGCCUAAGGUCAAGUUGUACUUUAUUUGUCAGAACUGGAAUAAAGCUCUAUUGAUGUUUGUGAAGAAGGACUUAGAGGUAAUUAUGAGGUUCAGUGCAAUAGUGCGAGUGAGUGUGCGUGUGUUAUCAUAAAUGUGGAUAUAGACUUAGAGUAAUGCAUAUGUUUUGCAAGUAACAGUGCUCUGUUGGAGGUUUUUCCUCGAAGGACAUUUAACGUUUUAGCCUUUAAAUCUUAAAUACUUUAUGUAGUGUAAUGUUUACAUUGGAUCGGUAGGACAGAUUGGUUAAGGAUAAAAGAUACCAAAUGUCAUAUUUGUAUCAAAUUCUCUAUAUUUUAUCAUUUGAUCAUACAGUAUGAUUGUAUGUGUUCAGAACUGUGCGUAAUCUCGUUUGUGUCCACAGAUUUGAAAACUGAACAGCAAUAGAUCAUUUUGAAGAUACAUGCAAUACACACGAGAUACCCUAAUGUGCACACACACACACUCUCAUAUAUAUAUAUAUAUAUGUAUAUGUAUACAGAAACAGAGUGAGACCUUCUGCAGUAUUCCUGAAGUCUCAGUUUGUUUUAUUUGCUUUUCAAUGUUGAAUACGUUGAACAUUUCCUGUCCCGUGCUGGUAAAGCUCUAGUUUGUUUGACGGUUAGAGGAUCCAGCCAGUGGAUCACAACAUGUCACUUCUGUCUGCUUGAUUCUGUCGGACUUGUAUUUGUAGCACUGAGAACACUUAAGCUCUAUUAAGAAAAAGAAAGAAAAAUACCUGACGAAGUAGCCUACAAUAUGCACUGAUUGUGUAAUGAAGGCAAACAUAUAACCUAACAUUGCUGGUUGGCUAGUUGAUGGAAGUACUUUUUUUGUUAUUUUCAUGUACAAACAGUAAAAAUAUUUACCAGUGGCUUCGAUUUCAUGCUUACUUUUGCCUUAACAUGGUUGAAAAGCCAAGGAAACGUUAUAUUUUUUCAUCAUGUAACAUUUCACUUCUAUCACUGUACAUGUUACUCAGAAAAUUAAAAAAAAUAAUCUGGCAACAUAUUCAUUGUUUAUGUUAUUUUUCCUUCAACCUGUACGUACUGUAUAGUAAUAAAGAGUAUAUAAUACAAUAUAUAGAAAUACAUGGUGCUUUUCUGGUUCUACCAGGGAACUACUACACUGUAGUUUGAAUGUUCCUAUAACAACUAUUAACUGAAACUGAGAAUAUGCAUAGUGCAUAAUCAUUUUUAAACUUCAAGUUAUAUUCAAUAAAAGAGAAAACAACACUGUUUUAAAUGCAUAUAUGAGACAUAAUAUAUUCUGCUGUUGUUGACAGUUCAAGUCGAGUGUAAUCUGUGUGACCUCUGAGGAUUUGGGUGAGUAGAAUUAUUGCACGAGGAUGAUGGGGUUGGUUGAUGACGUCCAGUUGGUGUCGUCCAGUAAUGAGGUGCCAGAGGCAGCAUU